UCUCUCAACAAUUAACGGCACUCCAAACAUUUGUUACUGUCGGGCAAGAAAAAUCGUGUCGAAAGAAAGCGCAAUAAAAUGUGGUGAACUCUUACGAAAACGAAGGUUUUUCAGAAAAGAUGCGCAUACGCCGUGUAACACGAAAAACGUGCGUUCAGCGCAUCACAACACACCUACUGCAGAGUUGUUCAUUUACCGCUGUUUCAUUCUCAAUCAUGCGACCAAUGCGUAAAUCGUAAAUGAAAGUAAAUUUUUACAUGAGACAAAAAGAAUUGUUGACAAUAUGCAAAACAAAAAACGUGGUUUGGAAAUAAUGUUCAUUUGGAAUUUCGAUUUGUGUAUAAAAACCAGCACUGGCGUGAAAAGGUCAUUAGUUUACCAAAAGUCAAAAUACCGAAAUGACUUCCAAACUUAGCCACAUCGCGCUUGCGCUUUUCUUUUGUAUCCUCGUCGAAGCGGACAUUUCACAUUUCUUCGCAGACAACUAUGACUACUAUCCGCAGCAACAAUCCGCCGUGCCUAGUUUAUAUCCAGUACCACCAGCGCUGCCGCCCUCACAAGUGGGUGACGCAUUUCCCACGUCCGCUCCAGCUUCACCGCCACAAUCAACACAUUCACCCGUCGCGCCAGUGCGACCGUCCUCCACUACUGAGUUAACGCUGCCCGAGAUCGUAGAGAACCGUGGCGCCAAGAGUGGUGGCAGAAUUAAUUUUAUUCCGUUGCAAAAUCAGUAUUUGACACCAGAAGAAGAUCGUCCAAAUUUUGAGGCAUCGAAGCGACCACCUAGUUUUGGCCCCGGCUACUUUUACCCACGUCCCACGUCAAUUUUCAUUCCGACCACGACUACUACGACCACCAGCACUACAACUAUGCGUCCGGACCCUAUUGUGGUGAUUGAUCCGCCUGACAUUCUUCCCUCUGCCCAAGCACCAGCCAUUAAUGAUCCCGUUGCGCUACAACCAGCCGUACCGGGUUAUGAUUAUAAUGUCCCUGCGGGUCCGCCAUUUCAGCUACCCACACAUGCGCCAGUAUCUACACCUGCACCCGCCUACUUGCCGCCGGAUGACGGCGCGCUCGAUGCCGCAGUUACGCCCAAUACUCUACGUCUGAGUGUACACGAAAUGCGUUGCAUGCAACACAACGGCGGUUACUUUCGCGCUGUGCUCAAAGUGGAUAGUUUUAUAGGCGCAGCGCCGACAGUCGACAACGAUUCGACUGAUAAGCGUUGUGAGGUGAAAUUGUCGCGCAGUUACGUUGUGACCGACAUUGCGGCGGAGUAUUUUGAAAAGUGCGGCGUACAUGCUUGUGGCAAUGAUUUAUGUUUGCGUCUGCGCUUUCCCACCAUACGCGGUAUGCGUACAAGUGCGGAUGGUAUACUGACACUGCACUGCAAGACGCAGGAACGUGUGGCGGUCAAGACGCAUGCGCUUAAAGUGAGCGUCUCCAAUGAGUUGCAAGCGCGUAGUCUGGGCACCUAUGCGCUCGGCGGCACCCAGUUACCCUUUCGUACGCAUGUUGAACUGUUUCGACGUACCGCUAAAGGUUUCACACGCCACUUGGACACACACAGCGCUGUGCUGCUCGGUGAGGAGUUGCUGUUACGGGCGCAUGUUAUUGCUGGCGACGGUUGGAAUUACACUAAAUUAACGGAUGUGCAUGUGCAACGCAUCUCUCCAACCGGUGAACUGCUCAACAACGUUGCCCUCGUCACAACACGAGGUUGCAUCAAUCCAUCCAUGCAAAGCGUUUGCACACAGCCGCCGAGCUACGAUCCACCGCUCGGUCAUCGUUUGAUUUUCAAGGCAGUCAUGUUCCAAGGCAUGCGAAGCGGCGAUGAGCUAGUUUUAUCCAUGCGCAUUACUGGUUGUUUGGAAGAGCGCGAUUGCCAUGUGGACGCUAGCAAUUGCAGCGCCGUAACCAAUUUGUGGCGCCGUAAACGCCAUAUAGUGGCAGCUGCUAAUGACAGCGAAGUAUCGGAAAUAUCUCGCAUUGCGUUUAGAGUUAUAAUGCCAUAUGACGAGGCCGAGGAUAUUAUAGAUUCACCAAAUGAUGGGAGUCAAAGCUCAGACGUGAAACUAGAAAAGGGGCAGGUAUUUAGUUCCUUAAAGGGAAAAGAACAUGAAGGUAUGCUAGUGAAGUUUAAUGCAUUGAAAAUAAUUUCUGCUGUGGGCUUCGUUUUGACGCUUACUGGCCUGGGUAUUUUUGCGGCAGUGAAGCUCUCAAAAUGAUGUAUUAACUAAUGGAGGUACAAAUUAAACAAAACAAGUAUAAUAUUUUAUUUCAUAGUUGAGAGCUCAUACCUGAAACAGUUCACUGUAUUAAUUUAUUAUAACAAUCAUUUUCUGAAUUUUAUAAUUUUAAAACUAAGAUAUAUUUAUAAAUAAAUAAUAAAAAAAUAUGUUUAAUAUGCAAAUGGUCAUAAAUAUUUCUACAAACGUAUUUAAAGCCGUAGUGAAAUUUGAUAAUUAAGUAAUUUCUACUCGAUGGGUGUUAAUUUCCAGACCUGGCAAUAAUUUAAUAUUUCCACUUAUUAAAAAAAAACAACUAACUAUAAUUCUGAACGAACAUUCUAAAGUAUUUACAAAUGAUAUUUACACAAUAUAACGCAUUCAUGCAAAUGAAAUGAAUGAGAGAUCCCUUUUUGGAUGACGACCACGGCAAACGCAAUAAGGAUAACGAUUUAAGAGCAUGCACCUGGAAUGUCCGGUCCCUUAAAUGGGAAGGCGUCAUUUCCCAGUUGGUGUAUAUAUAUUCGUAGAAGUAAUGGCUGACAUCACAGACGUAUAAGAAGUACAAUGGACCGGACAAGGAGUAAGACAAGUAAGUCCUUGUGGUAUUUACUACAGUGGCCAUAUAAAGGAGCGCAAAUUCAGUGUGGGUCUCGUGAUGGAAGAGAAACUCCGUCGCCGAGUAGUAUCAUUCACCCCGGUGAAUGAGUGUCUAGCCACAAUCCGCAUCAAAGCGAAGUUCUUCAAGUGAGAAAUUCGUCAACAUAUCCCACGCCCCUACGGAAGAGAAGGACGAUGUGACCAAAAAUAUCCUCAGUAUUUUAGACGUGCUUAAGCUCCGAGGCCCUAACAUCGACUUGGACCAAUAUAUUAUUGCAUCCAAGAUACGCACCCGCCUCUAUGCGGCAAAAAACACAGGAAACGUUAGACAUCAAGAAGCUGUAUUGACAACAGACAGCUGAACGAUUUUCUACUCGACCUGCACUCCUGCUCUCUGAGAGCCCACAUCAGCAACUCGGGAUAAGGGAUCUGUGGGACGGCAUUUCAAACUCUUUACGUACUGCUGCAAACGAAACCAUUUAUUUUCGAAAAAUCCAAAAGAUUAACUGGUACGAUGAGGAGUGCAGAGAUACUCCACUUUUGGAAAAAAUAAUUCGAGCUGCAGAGCAGAAUCGAGAUGACACCAUAUUUUAUAAGAGUGUACAUCUGCUGGCGUACGCCGAUGAUAUUGACAUCAUUGUCCUCAACAUUCGCGCCGUUAGUACUGCUUUCUCCAGACUGGACAAGGAAGCAAAACAAAUGGGUCUGGCAGUGAACGAGGGCAAGACGAAAUAUCUCGUCUAACUUCGAAGUUGUAGAUAAUUUCGUCUAU